AUGAAGAAUCUGAACGUGAACCUGGGCAGCUGUGUGCGGACCUACUGCAGCAAGAGUAACCCGUUCGAGAAGGUGAGGAAGAAGCUGGGCCAGGGGGACCUAAGUUACUAUGACCUGAAUGAGCUGAACGACAGCAGGAUAAAAAGCUUGCCCUACUCCAUUCGAAUUCUCCUCGAAUCCGCUGUGCGCAAUUGUGAUAAUUUGAAGGUUACCGAAGAUAAUGUGGAAACGAUUUUGUCAUGGAAGGAUAACUGCCGGAAGAAAAAGGAGGUUCCAUUUAUGCCUGCCAGAGUACUUUUGCAGGAUCUGACUGGAGUCCCUUGUAUAGUGGAUUUGGCGACCAUGAGAGACACGGCCGCAGCGCUAGGCGGAGAUGCAAAUAAAAUCAAUCCGCUUAUUCCAGUCGAUUUAGUUAUUGACCACUCUGUCCAAGUGGAUCACAGCAGGAGUCCUGAAGCAAGAGAAUUAAAUGAGAAAAAAGAAUUUGAAAGAAAUUUGGAGCGAUUUAGAUUCUUAAAGUGGGGAAUGCACUCAUUUAAAAAUAUGUUAAUAUUGCCACCCGGUUCCGGAAUAGUGCACCAGAUAAAUUUAGAAUAUUUAGCGCACUGUGUUUUUAACAACAAUGGAGUUCUUUAUCCCGAUAGUUUAGUUGGGACAGAUUCUCACACCACCAUGAUAAACGGGUUAGGUAUUUUAGGUUGGGGAGUAGGAGGAAUAGAAGCAGAAGCAACCAUGUUAGGUUUGCCAAUAUCCAUGACGUUGCCAGAGGUAGUAGGGAUAAAUGUGGUUGGGAAAUUAUCUGACCAUUUGCUAAGUACAGAUAUUGUUCUGUACAUUACGUCCUUUUUAAGAAAGGAAGUUGGAGUUGUAAAUAAAUAUGUAGAAUUUUUUGGGCCAAGUUUAAAAGAUUUAAAGUUAGGGGAUAGAGCAACUAUUGCAAAUAUGGCCCCGGAGUAUGGGGCGACUGUGGGUUUUUUUGGAGUCGAUGAUACUACCUUGGAAUAUUUGUUACAAACUGGUCGAGAUAAGGAAAAGGUAAAUCUGAUCAGGGAGUACCUACUUAAAAAUUCUUUAUUUAAUAAUUAUAUGGAUCAUAUAGAAUACACCGAUGUGUACACAUUAGAUUUAUCAAAGUUGAGUUUGUCCGUGUCUGGACCUAAGAGACCACAUGACAAUGUAUUGCUAUCCAAUUUGCACAAAGAUUUUAGCUCCUGUUUGGAAUCCCCAGUGGGCUUCAAAGGGUAUAAUAUACCACAGAAGGAUAGGGAAAAAGUAAUUUCGUUUUCUUAUAAGGAUGAAAAGAAGUAUACUCUUACACAUGGUAGUGUAGUGUUAGCUGCCAUCACAUCUUGCACCAACACAAGUAACUCUUCCUCCAUGAUAGCAGCUGGGUUGUUAGCGAAGAAAGCUAUAGAACACGGAAUAGAACCCAUCCCAUAUAUUAAAAGUUCUCUUUCUCCAGGUUCCAAAACAGUACAGAAAUAUUUAGAAGCAGGAGGACUUUUACAUUAUUUAGAAAAAUUAGGUUUCUAUAAUGUUGGUUUUGGAUGCAUGACUUGUAUAGGGAAUAGUGGACACCUGGACAAGGAAGUGGAAGAUGUUAUUAAUGAAAAUGAUUUGAUUUGUUCUUCAGUUUUAUCAGGGAAUAGAAAUUUUGAAGGACGUAUACAUCCAUUGGUAAAGGCAAAUUAUCUUGCUUCCCCAGUGUUAGUCGUACUGCUAAGUCUGAUUGGAAAUGUCAAUGUAGAUGUUGCUUCUUAUACAUUCACUGGAAAAGGGGGACAGAAAAUUAAGGCUCUGGAUUUAAUUCCAAAAAAGGAAGAAAUCAAUGCCUAUGAAGAGCAGUACCUCAAAGCACACAUGUACACAGAUAUUUAUAAAAAUAUAAAAUACGUUAACAAGUACUGGAAUGAUAUAAAAAUAAAGGAAGACAAAUUAUACGAAUGGGAUGUCUAUUCAACAUACAUACAUAAGCCUCCUUUUUUUAAUGAUAUGAAAUUGGAUCCUGAAAAAAUACACAACAUUAACAAUGCACAUAUGUUGCUAUUCCUGGGGGACAGUAUCACCACAGAUCAUAUUUCUCCUGCUGGUAUGAUUCACAAAAGUUCCGAAGCUUAUAAAUUCUUAAAGUCCAAAAAUGUAAAGGAUGAAGAUAUGAAUACGUAUGGAGCUAGGAGAGGCAAUGACCAAGUCAUGGUAAGAGGGACCUUUGCCAACAUCAGAUUGAUAAACAAAUUGUGCCCUGAUAAAGGACCCAAUACCUUACACAUCCCUUCUAAGAAAAUCAUGUCCGUGUACGAAGCCGCCAUGAAAUAUAAACAAGACAAUGUGGACGUUAUUGUCGUUGCUGGGAAGGAAUAUGGAUGUGGUAGCUCUAGAGAUUGGGCAGCCAAAGGUUCUUACCUCCUCGGAGUCAAAGCUAUCCUGGCCGAAUCCUUUGAGCGUAUCCACAGAAGUAACCUUAUUGGUAUGAGCGUCCUUCCGUUGCAAUUUUUGAACAAUGAAAGUGCUGCUCAUUACAAUAUGGAUGGCUCAGAGACCUUCUCCAUUGUGCUAAAUGAAGGAGACCUGCGUCCCCAGCAACACAUACAGGUCCAGAUGACCCAGCAUGGCAAGACCAUCUCCUUUGAUGUUCUGUGCAGAAUUGACACGGAGAUCGAGGUCAAGUAUUUUAAGAAUGGAGGCAUAUUGAAGUACGUUUUGCGGUCCCUCGUGAAAGGAUAG